CUUCAAAACUCAAAAUGCUCUGUUCCACCUUGUGAUGUCAUGAAGCAGUAAUCUCAAGUUACAGCUACCUUUUACCUUUAGAUCAGGAGAGAUUGGCAAUUCAAGGGCUGAAAUCUUCCAUAUGAUUCUAGUGAAGGUGUGUGGAGUUUAAAAACACAGUGAAGCACUUCUAGCACGUCUAUUACCACAUGACGUCACAAGGUGGAACAAGGUGUUUUGAGUGAAAUAGACUAAAUAUGCAGGGUUUGUGUGUUAAACAUGUGUGAAUGAAACAAAACACAACUCCAGGUCUGUUCUGAUGAGGAAACAACAUUAUAACAUAGAUCACAAAAAAUACUGCAAUAUAGGCCCUUUAAGAGACUAUACAGUUAUCUAGGACAGCAUAUGGAAGUCAAAAAACGGCAGUAAUGUCUACGGAAUAGACAUUCACAUCAAAACUGAUUAUGAUUACUGAAUGUUAGAGCUGUUUGUAACUUUUGUAAUUUUUGAUCCAUUGUAAAUAAAAGUUCUUGCUGGUCUUAGGUUAUAGAGAUAAGUCGCAGAGCAGCAGAGCACAAGGCUCAGAAGCUGUUGAAAGAACUGGAAGAAGAACUAUCAGAACUGAAGAAGAGGAGAGCCACUCUGACCCAACUCGCCCAGACUGACAACUACAUACAACUCCUCACUACAUUCUCCUCUCUCUCUGCUCUUCCUCAAACCAAGGACUGGUCCAGUGCAGCUGUGGGCUCAGAGCUGCCCUCUGGUGUCAUCCUGAGGAACAUCACUCAGACCAUGGAGAGGUUCAAAGAGGAGAUGUGCAGACUCACAGAAGUCUGGAAAGGACAGAAACCAGAAUUUGAGCAGUCUGUGAUCAAGUACAAUCCAAAGGUCAAAAAAGUCCAGGAAUACGCAGAGGACAUCACGCUGGACCCAAACACAUCUCACCCUCGCCUGGUCAUCUCUUUGGAUGGGAAGCAGGUGUUCUGUGGAGACAAGCACCAAAUAGUCCCUGACAGCCCUGAGCGAUUUGACCGUGUGGUCUGUGCUCUGGCAAGGGAGGGUUUUGACUGCGGCCGCCACUACUGGGAGGUGGAAGUUGGCAGUAAGACCGACUGGGACCUUGGCAUAGCAAGUCGCUCCGUGUGCAGAAAGGGUAAAAUCACAGUCAGCCCGGCUCACAGAUACUGGUUCCUGAGUUUACGCGAUAAAACAGACUACGCCUUCAGAACUGAGCCGUCCACCCCACUCACCCUGACCCAGCGGCCCUCUCGCAUCGGCGUCUUCCUGGAUUAUGACAAAGGAAUGGUGUCUUUCUACAAUGUGGACGCCAGAGCGCUCAUAUACUCCUUCAGCGACAGGUUUACCGACGUCAUCCUGCCCUUCUUCAGCCCCUGCACCAACAAGUCGGGCAAAAAUGAGGCUCCACUGAUCAUCUGUCCUCUCUCUACUAUUGAGUGAAAUUUAUCUGGAGAGGCUACAGUGGAACUUAUUGUCCAUACUUAUUCCCUAUAAAUGUUGUCUUUUGUUAUCUUGUUAAAGGUGUACAAUGCAACUUUUCUGGAGGAGGGUCUAAAACCUGCUUGUCUCCAUGUAGAUGUUUUUGCUUUCCAGAACAUUCCACAGUAUACAGUAACAGUAAUCUAUCACUCCAUGUAAACAAAGUGGUGAUGCCACCAGACCAAGCAACAAGUUAGAUCUGUGAAGAGGUGACCCUGCUCAGAGUAAGAAUGUAUGUGUCGACAAUAAAACACCUUUAAUUUAAUAAAUGUAAAAUAUGAAAGAAAGUGUAAUUCCAUACUGUGGAACAUUCCAGGCAAAGCAAUGGCAUUAUUAUGGUAGCAGACUCCCCUCUAGAAAAAUUGUACUGUGCACCUUCAGUGUUUUUGAUAAUUAAACUUUUAUAAUAAAACUUUCUUUUUUCAGGAAAUGUAAAAUGUAGACUCAGAAAUCCCCCUUAAUUGAAUCAUAAAUUAAUAAAACAUAUUUACUGAACUAUACUUUUCAGAAAUUAUAGAGAAGGACAAAUCUGGGUGGAUUAUUAACACAAUUACUGUCAAAGUGCCCAUUGUAAAUGUGUGUUUUGAUAUUUGUUUCAUGUGACAGAUUUACUUGCAUGUAGGUUAUCUAGAUUAGAAAUAAUUUUGCAAUUGCAAGACCUAACAAUUUAAUGAGCCCUUGUCAUAUACCACUUGUGAGUUUGACUAAAGGUCUGUGACCCCAGGUCCAGUCAAAGUCUCACUAAAAUUAUCAGUCAAUCCUUAAAAAUCAUAUGGUGGAAGAUGGACAAUAAGUACUGGUGGAAAAUGUGAACACCAUGUUAUAGCUUUAUUUUAAUAUAGAUACAUGCUUCAGCUAACACUCGGCUAUUUGUAACAUUCAAUUAAAAUGAACAACCAGAUUCGAGAUCCACUUCCAGAUCACAGCCAGAUACAUGCUAUGUGCAUUAUUUUACAUAGUGUCAGAGGUCAUUGACAAGCCACUUUAUUAUUUCUUUUUUCAAAAUCUGAAAUAUUUAUUUAUUUUGUAUUUAGAAGAUGUAUUCUCUUUUCUUUGUUUUUUAUCAACUUGUGUUUUCUUCUAAUAAAACCUGU